GCUGUAUUCACAUUCAAGAUUCAAGAUUCAAGAUUCAAGAUUCAAGAUUCACCAUUGUAUGUAGCAGAACGGCGUUCGGCGCUAAAAAUCGAGAACAGAAGCCACGUGGAGCCGAGCAUCCACCAGCCUUGCAUGGCUAUAUAGCUGUUGUGCGUGGUCAAAGCUUCUUCCAGUCAUCACGGCGAAACGCAGAUGUGCAGGCCAGCGAUGCCAUUCAGCUGCCGUGCACGGUAUUGCAAACGUCAUCCAAGGCAUGAAGCGAACGCCAGCACUACGGCUACGACUAUCAUUGAGCAACUUGCUUCGUACCUCGGAGCUAUCGUGGAUAUAGUCAGACCCUCCCUGUAGAUGGUCAAUAGCAGCAUACGACAUAGAGCUGUCACGCUAGGACUCAGACCAAGCGCUCCAGGGUCUCGACCCGGCAUCUGUCGCAUAUACUCGAUCACUUCCCAAGUGAGGUGCAUUUCAUUCAGCGAUUCGUCACGUUCGCAAGCAUUCUUGAGACCAACCGCUUCACUUGCAGUCAAGAAAUCUACACGUCCAGCCAAGAUGCCUCCAAAGAAGCUCGCGGCGAAUGAGCGUGCCAAGCUCGGACGACCAUCCAACAACCUCAAGAUGGGCAUCGUCGGUCUGCCCAACGUAGGCAAAUCUAGUCUCUUCAACGUCAUCGCCAAGUGCGACCUAGGAAAGAGCGCAAACUUCCCAUAUGCUACUAUUGAGCCAGAAGAAGCUCGCGUGCCGCUGCCCGACGAGCGCUUCUUGUGGCUUGUCGACCAAUACAAGCCCAAAUCUCAGGUUCCGGCCUUCUUGACCUGCAUCGAUAUCGCAGGCCUGACUGCUGGUGCUUCGACCGGUGCCGGUCUAGGAAACGCAUUCCUGUCCAACGUUCGCUCUGUGGACGGCAUCUUCCAGGUCGUCCGCGCAUUCGACGAUGCAGAAGUCAUUCACGUCGAAGGUGAUGUGGACCCUCUGAGAGAUAUGGAAAUCAUUAGCACAGAGCUGAGGUUAAAGGACAUAGAAUGGGUGGAGAAAGGCAUCGAGGCUCAAGCCAGAGUCGUCCGAGGUGCCACGGGUCUGGACAAGAAGAGGAAAGAGGAAGAUCUGGCCACCAUGCAGAAAGCCCUCAAGCUCUUGCAAGAGGACAAUACGGAUGUGCGAAAGGGAGACUGGGGCAACAAAGAGAUCGACCUGUUGAACGACCUCAAGCUAUUGACUGCGAAACCCGUCAUCUACCUCGUCAACCUGAGCGAGAAGGACUACGUUAGGAAGAAGAAUAAAUGGUUGCCCAAAAUUCACCAGUGGAUCCAGGAUAACAAUAAGGGUGAUCAGCUCAUCCCGUUCUCCGUCGCUCUGGAAGAACGUCUGCUCGCUCUCGGCAGCCCUGACGCCGAGGCCGAAGAGCUCAAGAAACUUGGUCCCAACGUGACUGGUGCCCUCGGCAAGAUUACCACAGCGGGCUACUCGGGACUUGACUUGAUCAAGUACUAUACAUGUGGACCUGAUGAGGUCAGAGCUUGGACGAUCAGACAAGGUCUCAAAGCGCCCCAGGCCGCCGGUGUGAUCCACUCAGACUUUGAGCAAAAGUUCGUUUGUGGUGAAAUUAUGAGCUUCGACGAUUUAAAAGAGCAUGGCAACGAAGGAGCAGUCAAAGCAGCAGGCAAGUACAACCAAAAGGGCAAGACUUACGAGAUGGUGGAUGGUGAUAUUGCGUACUGGAAGGCUGGUGGCUAGUCUGCUCCUCGCAUGCAGGCAUUUCGACAGAGGUGGCGAGUGCGGAGCUACAGCUCCUCUACACUGUAUUGUAUCCCAUGUGAAUCGCAUCGUGAUGCCAUGCAAGUGCAUUUUGAAACGCUGCCCAACACGUACAAAAUGUUCUGUCCAUUCG